AUGCAAGCUGAAGCCAUUGUCAAGAACUGUGUUAACUGUCAGCGUGUGAAUUCGUCAGGGAACCAGCCUCGCCAGCAGGGGUCAGUGUUUAGGGGAAGUCACCCGGGAGCGAGCUGGCAGUGCGACUUCUCAGAGCUCCCUCCAGCUAUGGGAUAUCGAUACCUGCUGGUAUUCGUAGACACCAUGACCGGCUGGCCCCUAGCUUUCCCCUGCCGCACUUCCCAAACUAAGGAGGUGGUGAAGGUCCUACUGAACGACAUUCUUCCGCAUUGCUCCGCGUUGCCUGGACGCACCCGGGUCGCCUCUGCUGUUAGCCCCUUCGAAGCUUUGUUUGGCCGCCCCUAUCCCCUGACCAGGCCAGGUCUAGAGGACGCGGGGGAAAUUGGAAACACGCUGACCGCAAAAUUUCUGUGUCGCUUGGCAGCCACCGUCUCCGCCCUUCAUCGGGACCUUAACGAGCUGAAGCCCACUGGACUCUACGCCCCUUUACACCCGUUCAACCCUGGAGACUGGGUCUACCUCAAGUCCUGGAAGAAAGUCCCAUUGAAGCCAGUGUGGAACGGCCCCCACCAGGUCCUACUCACAACCUAUUCUUCCGCAAAACUCCACGGGAUCAAGCCCUGGAUUCACUAUAGCCGCCUAAAGCAGGCAGUGCCCCCUGCACUCGAGGAGCGAAGGAAAGACCGAGCCGCGGAUCCAGGGGACCUUUGGACUUCAGAGCAGGGCCCGGGACUCUGCCUACGUUUUCGCCGCCAGGUUACCAAGGACCCCGGAUCGGUGGUCGGAGCCAACGGGAGCGAAGUGGAGGAUAACGAAGACCGCGACUGAUCCCAC